UGGCGCUUCACUUGCCCGCUUAUCACGAAUUCCGAGAAAGCACGUUUUGCAGGUCUCGUGGAUUUUAAAACGUAAAUUUGUGUUUUCCAGCAUGGUAUUCGGCUCAGCGGAGGCCGGAAUUAUAUAAUCCCAAGCCGCGCGCAACACACGUCUCUGCCUUCGAACGCAAGAUUGCCUGCAUCAAGUGACCCGGCGCUGUUAAGCUGUCAUUCCAGCGGAAAAGUGAAUGAGGAGGCGAUAGAAAAUUAGCUCGAGAGCAAGGAUGACGACUGGAAGUACCGGAUCCACAUUCCCCAAAUGGCAGCUGGCGCUGCUCAUCGGAGCGCCGGUGGCCAUCGGUCUCACGUACCUGUACUGGCGCAAAUCGGCCGACCAAGGUGGGGACAAGCUGACGAAGAAGAAGCUGGCCGACAUCAAAGACAAAACCAUCUCACUGGAUGGCGACGAUCGUUCCCGUUCGGCCGAGGUCAAAGAAACGAAACCAUUGACUGGUCGCGCGCUGGCACUACACCAUAAGAACGAGGGCAAUAAACACUUCCGGGUCGGCAAAUAUGAUUUGGCGAUCCAGGAGUACGAUGCCGCCAUCGAGCACUGCCCAGAGACGGAGAAGAACGAUCUGGCCACCUAUUAUCAGAACAGGGCGGCCGCUCACGAGCAACUGCAAAGCUGGGCAGCAGUGAUAGACGAUUGUACCAAAGCGAUCGCGUGUAAUCCGAUGUACACCAAGGCUCUGAUACGGCGCACCAAGGCGUACGAGCAGCAGAAACAGUUGGCAGCAGCCCUCGACGAUAUUACGGCCGCGUGCAUACUGGAUCAGUUCCAAAACAAAACGAGCCUCGUGAUGGCGGACCGCAUCCUCGGAGAGCUGGGUCGUCAGCAUGCACAAGAAGCGAUGAAAGACAAGAAGGAGGUCAUACCGUCGAAGCUGUUUAUGAAGAACUACUUCACCUCGUUUGCCAACGAUCCCGUGCGUAAAAUGGUCAUCGCUAGCUCGGAGCCGAAGGGCUUUGUGAAGGCUAAAAUGCUGUUCGAUAAGGGCGAGUACGAUGGCAUUGUAGCCGCCUGUACAGAGGAAAUUGAAUCGAGCGAGGCCGAGGCCGAGUACAAGCUGGAAGCGCUGCUACUGAGAGGUACCUUCUACAACCUGAUGGCCAACUAUGCCGAAGCCAAGCAGGAUUUGGAUGCCGUAGCCGAACUGGAGACGGCCGACAAGCGGCUGCGGUCCAAUGCACUCAUCAAGCGUGCCUCGCUUACGGUACAGACCGAUUCCGAAACACCCGAGGAAUGUUUCAAAUUUUUCGCCAAAGCGGAAGACAUCGAUAGCACAAACUGCGACAUCUACCAGCAUCGCGGACAGGUGUUUAUCCUGAUGGACCGCAUGAACGAGGCGGUGAUGGACUUUGAGCGAGCCCACAACCUGUGUCCCGAUUCGGCCAUCAUUGCGACGCACCUCUGCUACUCGCGCUACCGCAUGGCGCUGAUGACGAAGGACGAUACAGCACACCGAAACGCGAUGAAACGGUUCCACGAAAUUAUCGAGCAGUACCCGAACUGUCUGGAAUGCUACAGCAUAAUGGCACAGGUGCUGACGGAACAGCAGGAGUUCCAGGAGGCGGACAGUUACUUCCAGAAGGCACUCAAACUGGAACCGGGCAAUGCCCAAAUUCUGGUCCACCGAGCUCUGCUACAGCUGCAAUGGCAGGGCAACGUAGAGGAGGCGACCAAAUUGAUCAAGCAGGCUAUCGAGAUCGACGACAAGUGCGAGUUCGCCUACGAAACGCUCGGAACGAUCGAGGUGCAACGAGGCAAUCUUGUAGAAGCAAUCAAACUGUUCGAUGGUGCUAUUGCUCUGGCCAAGGCCGAGCGCAGCCUGGUACAUCUGUACUCCCUCAAGGAUGCUGCCAUAGCGCAGAUCAAUGUUUCGAAAAACAUGGGAUUGAGUAUUAACAACUUGUCGCCUUCCUACUUCGCUUGAGCGCCAGGUUGCGCCAGCCCGUACUCAUGAUUUGAUCAGUGAGAGAGUUUUGAAUGCACAUUAGCGCCAACAUAUCCCAUCCCCUCGCCCUCACCGCUUUCGAUUGUCACAAUCAUCCAAGAUUCCAAAAACAUUAUUUAUCAUGUAAAAUAGUAAUUCCUUUG